AUGCGCCUCCAAGACUUCCGUCCGUGGUGGCUCCCCCUCAUGCCGCACUUUGAUACAGAUCUUGGAAUCACUGUACUGGUACACCUCGACCUGCCGCUCCCUCAGCUCGGAGACGACACCCCACGGCCCGUUGGCCCUUUCCUCGAGCGCUUCAAGCGCCCUCCGGAUGGCACUGACCAUCCCCCUGGUCCGCUCGCACCGCAGCCUGGCGGACUCAAACUUGUACAUCACCCCCGAAAGAAGCUCACGCAGCUUGGCCUCUUGCUCUCUCCGGGCAGCCUUGGCGUCCUCUCCGAGGUUCUUCCCCAAAAAGGCGUACGUCCAGGGCACUUUGCAUUCCCUCGCGAAGGCGGCCACACGGCGCAGCUCUUCUUCGGCCUUGUCGACGUUCUCCGCGCACCGCGCCGCGAGCUGGUCAUUUUGGAGCAGGACCUCACGCUGUUGGCGGAUUACGUUCAGAUGCUCUUCGCACGCCGUCAUCUCGUCAUCGACGUGCACCAUGAGACAGAACGGGUCAUCUGA